AUGAGGUCUGAGAGAGCGAGGAAUCGAAGGAAAACAAAAAGUAAUCGAGUUUCAUAUAAAGUAAUGUUGUUUUAGUUAUGAAAUCCCCGUCGAUUAAUGCGGCGGCGACCCCUCUGUCCGAGCUCAGCGAGAAUAUUGAAUCCGAAGUCAAAAUGCAUCCCGGAAAGGGCUCCGAGCCGCAUCUGGACAGCAUGGAUAUGGAUGUUUAUGCCUGUAAAGAAAGUGGACAAUCACAUGCCGCGGAACCGUCAUUGGUACUAUUUUUCCAGGUAAGAAAUAUUACUGAUUUAAAGUAUCUGUGGUAUUUGUUUUAGGUGCUAUUUCCCUUCCUAGUUGCUGGAAUUGGGAUGGUGUUUGCCGGAAUCUUGUUGGAUGUAGUUCAACAUUGGCCUUUAUUCAAGGAAGUUCCUGAAACUUUCAUUCUUGUCCCAGCUUUACUUGGACUAAAGGGAAACCUGGAAAUGACGCUGGCUUCACGGCUUUCUACUCAAGUACGUGAAGAUUCCAUGUUUUUAUUGUUUUUUAGGCAAAUGUCGGAGCAAUGGAAACAAAGGAGCAGAUAAUGACUGUAGUAAUCACGAACUUGGCUUUGAUCCAGACACAGGCCAUUGUGGUUACUUUCUUGGCAUCUGGAGCUGCCAUGCUUUUGGCGUGGGUUCCCCGAGGGGAGAUUGACAUGAGCCAUGCAGCUCUCUUAUGUGCAAGCAGUCUAACUACAGCGUCACUGGCUUCAUUGAUUCUGGCCGGUAUCAUGAUUGUGGUUGUUCUUCUCAGUCGGCGAUACAACAUUAAUCCAGACAAUGUGGCCACUCCGAUUGCAGCCUCUUUGGGUAUGUUAUAGUUUUUAUCAUUGUAUACAUUUUUAUCAUUGUUGUACAUGGUGGGCCGCUCAAAACUCCCUUCCUCUUUUGGUUAAUUUCUCUGUCUAUAUUCUUAAUCGAGCUUUAUGAAAUUUUGGGUUGUUAAAAUUUAGACCGGUAAUUUCUACUCACGGUGGAAGUACCCCAAGUGCGGCGCAUAGAUUUUGAAAACUUGGCACAAAUGUUGGAUAAUUUUUUCUAAGAUGUAUGCGAGAAUCCUAGCUCGCGCUUUGCAGAAAAAACCAAGGUUUUUAGAUCGAAAGGCGGCAAACAAUUGACACUUUUUGUCAGAUUUUGGGACAAAAUGUUUCAUACCUAUUUCUAGCGCUGACAAGGGCUCGGCAAAACCUUGUCGUCUAGUUUUUCCUUGAAACAUAUACCAUUUGAAAGAGCGGAAAAACUGGUCUAGGACAACCUUUAAGCAUUGAACUCUCUAUAAACUUUUUCAAUCAGGUUAAAAGCUGCAAGAAUAUGUCCGCAUUGCCGAAGGGCAUAUACUUGAAAAAAGAUUUUUAGAACGUUGAAAAAAGUCUUGAAAUCUGGCAGGGUAACAAUGGCGGGCCUAUGUUUUAACACCCCAAAAUUUCGUAAAGAUCGGUUAUGGAUUAGUAAAGAAACUAACCAAAACAGGAAGGCAGUUUCGUGUACUGCGAUGUAAUGAUUGCUUUGGAAUACUAUUCCUUUUUGUUUUCAGGAGAUCUGACAACAUUGGCGAUUCUCUCAGCAUUUGGAUCGCUUUUUCUGAAAGCUCACCGGAUAGAGUCAUGGCUGAAUGUGAUUGUAAUUGCUUUGUUUGUAAUUGUAUUACCUUUUUGGAUAAGGAUAGCCAAGCGAGAAGAGGCGACUUUGUCUAUCCUCAGAGAUGGCUGGUGUCCGAUUGUUUUCUCCAUGCUGAUCAGUAGUAGUGGUGGAUUUGUUUUGGAAACGGCUAUGCGAAGAUUCCCUCAAAUGGCUCUGUUUCAGCCAGUCAUUAAUGGUACGAUUUUUUAAUGCAUCCCUUUGUGUUUGCCAGGAUUGUUAAGCCGUCAACUGGACGCGUCAGUCCCGUUGCCAAAUUGGUGUCAUUUUCGUCAUGUCAAAUUGAAUUUGUCACUUUUGGUUGUCAAAUUGAACUUUCCUGGAAAAAUUUUAUAGAUUUUUGCCAAAGAAUCGUCGGAAUAAAAAAUUUUUAGGAACUAAAUUUUUCUUUAUCAAAACUUUCGAUUAAAUAAAAAAUAAAACUUGCGUCUUAUAUUAACGGUAUUUCAUAUAUCAGAAUUUUCAGUUUACGGAAAAUGACCGCAAUCUGACGUCAUUUCCAAAAAUUCUGUCAAAUUAAAAACCCCCCUAUCUAUUGCAAUUAUUUAUUUUAGGGGUUGGAGGUAACCUGGCCGCAGUUCAUGCGAGCAGAAUCUCCACUUUUUAUCACAAAUCUUCCAACCUUGGAUUCCUUCCCCAUCAAUGGUCCAUCAAGAGAUUUUACAGCGUUUCCCGAGCCUUUUUUAGCAAUGGUAAGUGCAAAAUAAUCAAUAAUUUAUUGAAACCAGAAUGGGAUUCGAGAAGUGCCCGUGUUCUGUUGUUCUUGGUCGUCCCGGGCCAUAUUUUCUUCAACUGGAUAAUCGGAGCACUUCACACCGGGGAGUCGCCGCCUUCCUCCGCCCUGUUUACAUCAAUUUACCUGACUGCUGGAUUGACUCAGGUGAGUUUUUUGAUCGAUAAGUUUUCGGUUUUCAUUAUCUUGCUAGUCCCGAUUACUAUCUAUAAAUAA